AUGCCUAACCCGCCGACAACCUUCCCCCGCGCCAACGAGCCACCUACGCCCCCCGUCUCGAUCCCAGCUAAUAUCGCCGAUGCCUUCACCCACAGCUUCAACCUUGACCCGACGCCGGCGCCUGACCACAGCCAGGGAUCUUCUACCCUCGAGGACGCACUUGUUGAUGCGGUUUACUCAUUGACUGACCAGCUGGGCGGGCGAGGCGGGUAG